AUGACAUGUGAAGAAUAUGUUGAUGAGGUUAUAACAGCCUCCUCCACACCUGAUGAAUGGAGCCAACUAACUGAUGGUUUCCUCAAGAAUUGGAACUUUCCAAAUUGCGUUGCUGCUAUUGAUGACAAGCCCAUAGCUAUCAGAAAGCCUGUCAGCUCUGGUUCCUUAUAUUAUAAUUAUAAGGGAUUCUUCAGCAUCAUCUUACUGGUCAAUGUCGACUCAGACUACAAGUUCGUAAGGUGUGAUCUGGGUGGAUACGGUUCAAGUGGAGAUGCCAAGAUUAAUAAUGAAUCAGAAUUUCUGGAGAUAGUGCAGGAUGGUUCCAUUGGAUUUCCAGACCCACGGCCCUUUCCAAAUGACACCGUCGACAUGCACUAUUUCUUGGUUGGAGAUGACGCUUUUAGCCUUAGCAAGAACAUAUAG